UCAUUUCUGGAUAUAGAGGCAGCAGGUUACAAUUAUUAAUAAGUAACAGGGAUGAGACAAACAUGGGGCACCAAUAAGAAUUGGCUGCCAGGAAGAGGUUAAUGUUUCACUGGGGGGGGGGCAUUAGAGACAAAAAAGACUGAGAAAAUGAAAGUGAAAGGGACUCGGCAGAACAACAUGGAACAGACAUCAAUUCUAUUCUUACUCGUAUUCUUUCUGCUACAGACAGGUGCUGCUCUAGAGCUGACGGUUCCCUCCUCCCACCAAGCAACAUUAGGAACCAAUGCCGUGAUCCCCUGCACAUUCCAAGUAGAUACCCCAGCUGUAGACAUCCGAGACGUGGCAAUAUUCUGGUACUUCCAGGAUAAGGAGAUCCUUAACAGCACAAGUACAGUGGGGACAUCUAAUCCCAGAUUGUCCAUAAACAAAGGUGCCAUCAAGGAUGGAGUGGCUUCCCUCUCUAUCUCUAACAUUGAGAUAUCAGAUGGUGGGCUGUACAGGUGCUCGGUGCUUUACAGUCCAGACAGAAAGUACAAGGAGGUCCGACUUGAUAUUCAAGCUCCACCCAGGAUCACAGUCACUAAUAAUAUUGUAAUUAAAGAUAAGAAAAGUGCCCUGAGAGCCUCCAUCACCGGCUUCUACCCUGUGGACAUUGAGAUUAAGUGGCUCAGGGAGGGGGAGAUAUUGGCUGGUGGAACUGUGAUCACCCCCCAGAGAAAUGAAGAUGGUACAUACCGAGUCAACAGCACACUCACCAUUGUACCCACCGAGGAGAACCAGAACUUCUCUAUCCGGGUCCAACAUAAGUCUCUCACUGUCCCUCUCCAGGAGGAUUUCCAGCUGAUCUAUGGAGCUCUUCCCUCAGCUGCCAUCUCAUAUAAACCAUUUAAACUGAAUGUGAAGCAGAUCCUGACGUGCAGAGUGUGGGGGUUUUACCCAGAAUCCAUUGCAGUGAAUUGGUUUGUGAAUGGGACCCGGGUGGAAAGUGCUACAUUUCGGAGAGUUAAUAGUUCUGCUGUGGAGUCGCAAUUCAAGUUCCUCCCAAAAGCUGAGAACAGAGUAGCAGAACUGAGUUGUGAGGUGCAACACAAGACCCUGAUGGACCCCCUGCUGCACAAACUGCUGGUGCAAAUCCCAGACCUGACUGUGAAGCACAGGUGGGCAGUGUACAUUGCUGCUAUUGUUCCCCUACUUAUAGCUGGAGUCAUAUUUAUUGUCUUACAUCAUAUUAUACAGAAUAUGAAAGAACAACCAAAGGUGAGAGAAAUGGUUUGCUCAGACAAUGGAGUAUUUAGCUUAGACGCAGACAAUUUCUCCCCUAAAGAAAUCACCAUUUCAUGGGAAGUGUCACAGCCGGUGGGAAGCGCAAGGUACCAACCUCUUGUCUCUUCUCUUGUCAUGAGUGCCAACCAAGAUGGCAGCUUCAACACCACCAGCACCUGUGAGCACCUGAGAGAUAAAGUGAAUGGGAAUGAGGCCUUUUCCCUCCGGGCCACCGUACAACAUGCAAAGCUGAAGCAGCCGGUUUAUAAGGAAUGGAACAGUGAUAAUGAGGAAUAUCAGAAAUAUUUCCUGUUGAGGCCGGUGAUGGGGGAAAUAUCCAAACCAAUUGUGUACCAUAACAAGGAGACCGCCCUACACUGUCAUAUCUCUCACUUUUUCCCCAUUGAUCUAACUGUCACUUGGUAUAAGAAGGAGAAGGAAAGGCAGGAGUUAACCCCAAUAUCUCCAUGUGACAUGUACAAGAUCCCAGAAAUCAGUCCCCACAAACAAGAGGAUAAAACCUUCACCUGUACAGCAAGUUUGCUUUUCUCUCCAUCACUCAACCAGGACAAUGGGACAGAAUUCAUCUGCCGAGUGGAACACCCAAGCCUGGAGGGGGCGAUAGAGAAGAGCACAGGCCCAAUACAUGUGAAAGCCAAACCCCAGGUCAUACAACCCAUAAAUCUCUCCAUUAGUGACUCCGGGGAGGUUCUCUGCUCCCUGUUUGUGCUGAGCUUUUAUCCCAAGGAGAUUCCCAUCACUUGGAUCUGUGGAUCCAGCCAAUCACAAGAGACAAAACCAUCAGAAGAGAAAUAUAAAGAAAAUGAUGAUGGGACGAACGACAUGGAAAGCACAUGUACAAUUCCUGGGAACCUCUUUAAUGAUCCAGAGUUUCAAAUGAAAGUCAAUUGGAAACAUGAGUCAAUGGAUGAAGAGGAAUCCAGAGAAAUGUCACUGCGAAAUCCAGACUUCCCCUGGAGGCCAACCAUAGAAGAGAUAUCCCAGUUUAUCUGGAUCCAGGACCAGGCGACUGCUCUGUACUGUAAGAUUUCUCCCUACUUCCCUGAUGCUCUGACUGUGAGUUGGAUGGAGAAGAGAAAGGGAAGGAAUCCCCAACCCGUAUCUACGUAUGGGAAUUACCAAAUCUCAGCUAUGAAGCCAGAGAGAAGGAAUGAUAAGACUUAUAGCUACACAACCCAACUGUCUCUCCCACCAUCCUCACGUGUAGAGGAAGAUCUGGAAUUCAUCUGUAGGGUGGAACAUCCCAGCCUGGAGCGGCCAAUAGAGAGAAGCACUGGGACCCCACAGUUUAAAGCGGCCCCCAAGCAGCCAAAUCCAGUGCAAUGGUCUGUGUGUGAUAAAGGGGGAGCUCUCUGUACCCUCAGUCUGCACAACUUUUAUCCCAAAACCAUAGAAGUCACAUGGAUCUGUCUGACUGGGUCACAAAAACAAGAACGUCUCCUCUCAGAACCUCAGUACCAGCCCAAUGCUGACCAGACCUUUAAUGUUACAAGUUCAUGUUCAGUAGCUGAGAAUCUGCUCCAACUCCCAGACUGUAAGAUCCGAGUCACCUGGAACCACCCGGCCACGGAAACUUCUGGAUCCAGAGAGAUCAGACCCACAGACCCAGAUUUCCCAUGGCGCCCCCAGGGGUCACUGAAGCCCAUAGCAACCCUUACACUGGGCAGAGAGGUGACACUACAGUGGGAAAUCUCAGACUAUUUCCCCAAUGCCCUGACACUGACCUGGCUACUAAGGAAGGUUGCCCAUGAAGAGCAAAUCCUGCCAACUCAUAAACACAAUUACAGGAUGGAGAAUAAACCAAGAAAGACCCCACGUGGGACAUAUAUCAGUACUGAGUAUCUGCACUUCAUCCCAUCAAUACUUUCCCACCAAGGGGCAGAAAUAGUCUGCAGAGUGGCACAUCCCAGCCUGGCACAGCCCAUAGACAUUGGCACCGGGGCCUUACACAUAACAGUGGCACCAGGAGACCCAGAGCCUGUGAGAUUGUCCAUCAGUGACUCAGGGAAGGAGAUUAUGUUCUCUCUCAUUGUCACCAGAUUCUACCCCAAACAUAUUCAUAUAGACUGGACCAGAACCAGCUCCAACAUUCAUCACCAAGAGAUAAUUCCAUCCCACAAAGUGAUUCAGGUUAAUGAUGAUGAGACAUUUAAUGCUGUGAGUGACGUCACAAUCCCAUCACAUGACUUCACUUUCCCACUGACAGUGACCUGGAACCAUAAAUCUACAGGACACACUGGGAAAAGAGACAUUCACCCAAAAGAUUUCCCCUGGCGCCCAGUAAUGUCAGAGAUACUCACUACUGAUAUGUAUGUGGGAACUGAGGCAGAAAUACACUGUAACAUCUCUGGUUAUUUCCCUGAUAAACUCACUGUCACUUGGUAUAAGAAGAAGGAGAAUGGCAGAGAGGAACUGGUUAACAAUGGUGGGAGGUACCAGAUCCCAGAUAUCCAAUCCCAGUACCAACCUGAUCAGACUCUCACCUGUACGGCACGUUUGCUUUUCUCUCCAUCACUGACUGAGGAACAUGGGACACAAUUUAUCUGCAGAGUCAAACACCCCAGCCUGGGGGAGGAGAUAGAGAGACGCACAGGGACAUUAUAUGUGAGGGCGGCCCCCAAGCAGCCAAAUCCAGUGCAAUGGUCUGUGUGUGAUAAAGGGGGAGCUCUCUGUACCCUCAGUCUGCACAACUUUUAUCCCAAACCCAUAGAAGUCACAUGGAUCUGUCUGACUGGGUCACAAAAACAAGAACGUCUCCUCUCAGAACCUCAGUACCAGCCCAAUAUUGACCAGACCUUUAAUGUUACAAGUUCAUGUUCAGUAGCUGAGAAUCUGCUCCAACUCCCAGACUGUAAGAUCCGAGUCAUCUGGAACCACCCGGCCACGGAAACUUCUGAAUCCAGAGAGAUCAGCCCCACAGACCCAGAUUUCCCAUGGCGCCCCCAGGUGUCACUGAAGCCCAUAGGAACCCUUACACUGGGCAGAGAGGUGACACUACAGUGGGAAAUCUCGGACUAUUUCCCCAAUGCCCUGACACUGACCUGGCUACUAAGGAAGGUUGCCCAUGAAGAGCAAAUCCUGCCAACUCAUAAACACAAUUACAGGAUGGAGAAUAAACCAAGAAAGACCCCACGUGGGACAUAUAUCAGUACUGAGUAUCUGCACUUCAUCCCAUCAAUACUUUCCCACCAAGGGGCAGAAAUAGUCUGCAGAGUGGCACAUCCCAGCCUGGCACAGCCCAUAGACAUUGGCACCGGGGCCUUACACAUAACAGUGGCACCAGGAGAACCAGAGCCUGUGAGAUUGUCCAUCAGUGACUCAGGGAAGGAGAAUAUGUUCUCUCUCAUUGUCACCAGAUUCUACCCCAAACAUAUUCAUAUAGACUGGACCAGAACCAGCUCCCACAAUCAUCACCAAGAGAUAAUCCCAUCCCACAAAGUGAUUCAGGUUAAUGAUGAUGAGACAUUUAAUGCUGUGAGUGACGUCACAAUCCCAUCACAUGACUUCACUUUCCCACUGACAGUGACCUGGAACCAUAAAUCUACAGGACACACUGGGAAAAGAGACAUUCACCCAAAAGAUUUCCCCUGGCGCCCAGUAAUGUCAGAGAUACUCACUACUGAUAUGUAUGUGGGAACUGAAGCAGAAAUCCUGUGUAACAUCUCUGGUUAUUUCCCUGAUAAACUCACUGUCACUUGGUAUAAGAAGAAGGAGAAUGGCAGAGAGGAACUGGUUAACAAUGGUGGGAGGUACCAGAUCCCAGAUAUCCAAUCCCAGUACCAACCUGAUUGGACUCUCACCUGUACGGCACGUUUGCUUUUCUCUCCAUCACUGACUGAGGAACAUGGGGCACAAUUUAUCUGCAGAGUCAAACACCCCAGCCUGGGGGAGGAGAUAGAGAGACGCACAGGGACAUUAUAUGUGAGGGCGGCCCCCAAGCAGCCAAAUCCAGUGCAAUGGUCUGUGUGUGAUAAAGGGGGAGCUCUCUGUACCCUCAGUCUGCACAACUUUUAUCCCAAACCCAUAGAAGUCACAUGGAUCUGUCUGACUGGGUCACAAAAACAAGAAAGUCUCCUCUCAGAACCUCAGUACCAGCCCAAUACUGACCAGACCUUUAGUGUUACAAGUUCAUGUUCAGUAGCUGAGAAUCUACUCCAACUCCCAGACUGUAAGAUCCGAGUCACCUGGAACCACCCGGCCACGGAAACUUCUGAAUCCAGAGAGAUGAGCCCCACAGACCCAGAUUUCCCAUGGCGCCCCCAGGUGUCACUGAAGCCCAUAGCAACCCUUACACUGGGCAGAGAGGUGACACUACAGUGGGAAAUCUCGGACUAUUUCCCCAAUGCCCUGACACUGACCUGGCUACUAAGGAAGGUUGCCCAUGAAGAGCAAAUCCUGCCAACUCAUAAACACAAUUACAGGAUGGAGAAUAAACCAAGAAAGACCCCACGUGGGACAUAUAUCAGUACUGAGUAUCUGCACUUCAUCCCAUCAAUACUUUCCCACCAAGGGGCAGAAAUAGUCUGCAGAGUGGCACAUCCCAGCCUGGCACAGCCCAUAGACAUUGGCACCGGGGCCUUACACAUAACAGUGGCACCAGGAGACCCAGAGCCUGUGAGAUUGUCCAUCAGUGACUCAGGGAAGGAGAUUAUGUUCUCUCUCAUUGUCACCAGAUUCUACCCCAAAGAUAUUCAUAUAGACUGGACCAGAACCAGCUCCAACAUUCAUCACCAAGAGAUAAUUCCAUCCCACAAAGUGAUUCAGGUUAAUGAUGAUGAGACAAUUAAUGCUGUGAGUGACGUCACAAUCCCAUCACAUGACUUCACUUUCCCACUGACAGUGACCUGGAACCAUAAAUCUACAGGACACACUGGGAAAAGAGACAUUCACCCAAAAGAUUUCCCGUGGCGCCCAGUAAUGUCAGAGAUACUCACUACUGAUAUGUAUGUGGGAACUGAGACAGAAAUCCAGUGUAACAUCUCUGGUUAUUUCCCUGAUAAACUCACUGUCACUUGGUAUAAGAAGAAGGAGAAUGACAGAGAGGAACUGGUUAACAAUGGUGGGAGGUACCAGAUCCCAGAUAUCCAAUCCCAGUACCAACCGGAUCAGACUCUCACCUGUACGGCACGUUUGUUUUUCUCUCCAUCACUGACUGAGGAACAUGGGGCACAAUUUAUCUGCAGAGUCAAACACCCCAGCCUGGGGGAGGAGAUAGAGAGGAGCACAGGGACAUUAUAUGUGAGGGCGGCCCCCAAGCAGCCAAAUCCAGUGCAAUGGUCUGUGUGUGAUAAAGGGGGAGCUCUCUGUACCCUCAGUCUGCACAACUUUUAUCCCAAACCCAUAGAAGUCACAUGGAUCUGUCUGACUGGGUCACAAAAACAAGAAAGUCUCCUCUCAGAACCUCAGUACCAGCCCAAUGCUGACCAGACCUUUAGUGUUACAAGUUCAUGUUCAGUAGCUGAGAAUCUGCUCCAACUCCCAGACUGUAAGAUCCGAGUCACCUGGAACCACCCGGCCACGGAAACUUCUGAAUCCAGAGAGAUGAGCCCCACAGACCCAGAUUUCCCAUGGCGCCCCCAGGUGUCACUGAAGCCCAUAGCAACCCUUACACUGGGCAGAGAGGUGACACUACAGUGGGAAAUCUCGGACUAUUUCCCCAAUGCCCUGACACUGACCUGGCUACUAAGGAAGGUUGCCCAUGAAGAGCAAAUCCUGCCAACUCAUAAACACAAUUACAGGAUGGAGAAUAAACCAAGAAAGACCCCACGUGGGACAUAUAUCAGUACUGGGUAUCUGCACUUCAUCCCAUCAAUACUUUCCCACCAAGGGGCAGAAAUAGUCUGCAGAGUGGCACAUCCCAGCCUGGCACAGCCCAUAGACAUUGGCACCGGGGCCUUACACAUAACAGUGGCACCAGGAGAACCAGAGCCUGUGAGAUUGUCCAUCAGUGACUCAGGGAAGGAGAAUAUGUUCUCUCUCAUUGUCACCAGGUUCUACCCCAAAGAUAUUCAUAUAGACUGGACCAGAACCAACUCCCACAUUCAUCACCAAGAGAUAAUUCCAUCCCACAAAGUGAUUCAGGUUAAUGAUGAUGAGACAUUUAAUGCUGUGAGUGACGUCACAAUCCCAUCACAUGACUUCACUUUCCCACUGACAGUGACCUGGAACCAUAAAUCUACAGGACACACUGGGAAAAGAGAGAUUCACCCAAAAGUAGCGGAAAUGCAAGUGACAGACAGACAGACAGACAGACAGACAGACAGACAGACUACAGAGGAAAGUGCAAAUAAAACAGAAGCAGGAGAUAAGACGUGUAGCAAUGAACCCACAGAUGAAACAGACAAGAAUGCGACAUCAGAAGACAACUAGGAGGGCACACGUCAUUUACAUCAUUCUGUGGGAAGUACAGUGUAGAUCCACAAUGGGUGUAACACUGACUCCAGAGUUAUUUGCAUCUGGUGAAGAAUUUGGGAACAGGAUUAGCUGGAAUGAGGAGGAGAGUUGUACCUACAAACUAGAGGACAAUUUACAAACCCCAAAUCCUGAGGGGAGAGGAGGGGGGCAGGGAAGGAAUUCCAAGCUGAGGAAUGGCCAUGGUUGGGAAGGGGAAAUGCAAGAGCCUGAUUGGUACAUUCCCGUAAGGUCUAGUUAAACAACAUUUAGAAAAACAACUGUUUGUUUUUUGGUUUGUACAUUUGCUUCUUUACUUUAUAAUGAUCUUCUUGAAGGCACUUGUUUGGUUUCUAUUCCUCUAGUUUAAUUGACCUGUAGCUGUUGAGACCCUCACUAAUGACAUUCCUGAAAUCCCCCCAUGUGUCCCCUAUAAAGACAAACCUAAGGUCAGGUGAGAUGAGCAGGUUAUUUACCUAUAAAAUAUAUAAAAUAUAUAAAAUAUGGCAUCUUAAUAAAAGUACAAGCACCAGAUAUCGAUGACUAGUGUAAAUCCCACAUAAUAGCACAAGCUGUUAUCAUUAUUAUUAUUAUUACAAUUAUUAUCAUCAGAAGCUUGAGAGAAAUAACAAAUGCUGAUAUUAUGGAAUAUUCUGGGAAUACUACUGUUGAUCUAUGGGGGGUUUCCUUACCUGUAACCUGUAUCAGUGAUAUAAGGUGUUGCCUAUAAAUCUAAAUAAUAAAUUGAAGCUGUUUGUGACACAUUACACUUGUGCGUCUGUGUUAGAAAAAGCUUCUAGACAUGACUGUGUAUUUAAUUCAUCAAUAAAACAUGUGUAUUGCUGAA